UCUGUCAACGUCAGCUCUACGUCAGCGUGCUGACCGUUACGCACAUUGGCUGGCGAUCAUCAGACAUGGAAAUGUGAACUAGAGGAGCAGCCUGUGUAAUCGAGCAAAUCUGUGAUAAAUGACUAGAUAUUAAAAACAGAGGAUGACUCAUUUUCAGGAUUGGCUUUAAUUCAGAUACCAAAGAUGGAAUUACACUCUGGGAGCGAUUCAGUUCGUCAAACUGCACCGGAGAGGAAUGCUUCUGCUGGUUCGCUAGCUAGUCUGAGUUAGCUUUCAGGAUGGGUGUCAUAUAUGCGUACAAUGACUGAGAAUUGAAAAGGAACUUCUCCUGGUAAACGAGACAAGAGAGUUUUGUGUUGUGCCUUCUGCUACCUCUGUUCUGUUUACGUGAUGAAGAACUGCGAGUACCAGCAGAUCGACCCGCGGGCGCUGUCGGUGCUGCCCUCGUCGGCACAGAACCACACCGAGAAGAAGGCGCAGCGUCCGCGGAGGAAAUGGGAGGUGUUCCCGGGGAAGAACAGGUUUUUCUUCGAUGGACGGAUCAUCCUGGCCAGACAAAGCGGCGUCCUUCCUCUGACCCUGGGCCUUAUUGUUGUCACUUGUGGCCUUUUCUUUGCAUUCGAUUGCCCAUUCCUGGUGAAACAUCUGACCAUCUUCAUACCUGUGAUAGGUGGGGUGCUUUGUGUGUUUGUGGUCUUGUCCCUGCUAAGAACCAGCUUUACAGAUCCAGGUAUCUUACCAAGGGCGACCCCAGAUGAAGCAGCAGACAUAGAGAAGCAGAUAGAUACCUCAGGAUCCUCUACGUACCGCCCCCCUCCGCGGACCAAGGAGAUCCUCAUCAACCAGCAGGUGGUAAAGCUCAAAUACUGCUUCACUUGUAAAACGUUUCGCCCACCUCGGACCUCCCACUGCAGCCUGUGUGACAACUGUGUUGAACGAUUUGAUCACCACUGUCCAUGGGUGGGGAACUGCGUAGGCAAACGCAAUUACCGCUUUUUCUACAGCUUCAUCAUCUCUCUGUCUUUUCUGACCUCUUUUAUAUUUGGCUGCGUCAUCACACACAUCACUCUGCGCACUCAAGCAGGUAAAAGCAUUGUUCAAGCCAUUCAAGAGAGCCCUGCCAGUGUGGUGGAGUUGGUGAUUUGUUUCUUCUCCAUCUGGUCUAUUAUGGGCCUCUCGGGCUUCCAUACUUACUUAAUAGCCUCCAACCUCACAACAAAUGAAGAUAUAAAGGGCUCCUGGUCAAGUAAAAGGGGUGCAGAGGAUUCUGGGAACCCUUACACUUACAACAGUAUUGUAACCAACUGCUGUGCAACGUUAUGUGGACCCAUGCCCCCAAGUCUGAUCGACAGACGAGGUUUCCUUCCUCCUGAUGAAGUGAUCCCUGCCGUCUCUGCCUCAGAGAUCGAGCUGCCUCCCUUCACAGCCAAGAACGACGCACACAUGGAGGAGAACUGUCAGGACUUUUCUUUGUCCUGCACAGCCUGAAGGGCACUGCUGCAUGUAGACGGUUAAUGUGCACUCAGAGCACCAAGGACGUGCUAGAGAGGGUGGUCCACUCCUUGGACUCUCAAGGCUUGUGCCCCUUUGGCACACCAAAGACAGCUCCUCUCAGCGUGGAGGUCUCCAGUGCUGCAGCUUCACCCUCGGCUGGCUGCUCGCAACAGCUCAACCGCCAGCCUGUGCCUGCCCACUGCCCGCCGUUUAACAGAAGCCGCAAGAGGGACUCGCUGCACUCCAUCAACCCGGCCUUCCGUCUGGCUUCUCCCUCCCCAUCGUUGAGCCGCCCCACACUGAUUCUAGGGGAUGCACCUGACAUCGGCUUCAUCUCACUGCCCUGAAUAUAAACAAACAGAAGGAGUUGCUGCAUCGCUGCUCGGAAUCACUGGAAGUGUUUCCAACGAUACACACUUUUUCACAGUGUUGCUUGUGUUUUUGUAUGUCGAGAUGUCUUUCUGAUGAGUUCAAUAAGCAUCACCUGGGGCGUCUUUAUGUUAGUGCGUUUUCUCAAAACUCUAUUUUACUGUUCGUUUCCUUCACAGCGGAGGUAAAUCUUAGUAAUACUUUGAAGCACAAAAUAGAGCUAUUUUUUUAACACCUUUUUACAAAGACACCCAGAACAUGCCUCCACACCUCCACAGAACCUCAAGCCAUACAUCACAGCCGCAGUGUUUCUUCAGUUCUUGAUAAUAUCUUUAUGCAAAUAAAUCUUAAAUCUGGGAAUACUCCAAAUAUGGCUGGAUGCAAGAGGAAUAAAAAGCUUUGAUUGACUGAAGUGAAAAGCUCUGGACAGGGAGCUGCCUCAAGAGUUAGCCUUCUGUCACGUCCUUUCACCUAGGUAACAGUAUACUUCAUCUUAGUGCUAUUAUAGGUGGAUAGCUGGAAGAGGGAUGCUUAAGUGCAGAUUGUUUUUUUAGUGUAUGUGUAAGAAGGUUCUUGCUUUAUUUUGUUCUCAGUUCUUUAUGUUUAGUACAUCAGAUGAACGGAGGCUAAAUGGUAAACAUUGAUUUGAGCUCCAUUAUGUGCACAGGUUUUUCACGUAGAUCGGAUAGCGACUGGAGUGUUUACCAUUAUACGAUGUAUGUUCACUGUUUCUGCUUUAUCAAAACUGUUACAUUUCAAGAAGUAUCCCAUGUCUUAUUUGCUGCUGUGGAGCAAGGCUUGGAUUGUAGUAUUCAUGCUGACACUGUUUCCUGUUGUUGUGAUCUGAUGACAUGCUUUUAGUCAGUGAUGGUCUUUUUUUUUUUUUGUACACUGCCUGUCACAUUGAGUGUUUCUGGUUACAGCACAGGCUCAGUGUGUGGACUGUAUAAAGCAGGGUAAUGUUUUAGGAAUGUUGAGGCCUCUGUACAUGCAGGAUAGGCUGUCAUUUCCAUGGCUGCGUCCUUCCAAGUUACAGCACGAAACCUAACCUCCAGCUGUCAAGAGGAAGCAACAGAGGUCAGCUGGUACCACUAGGGGGCAGCAUGCGACUAAGAAUUGCAGCCCAUGGUCACGGGUCAAUCUAGGAAUACAUAAACCAUUAAAAGAAAAGGCCUUUUGGUGUUCUACUUGUUUUGUAAUUGAGGGUUGCAGAUGUACAUAGGAGGAGUUUGUGAAGAAACACUUUGCAGUAGUCAAAGUGUCGUUCUUCACCAGUCUGCAUCAAGACCCGUAGGUUGUGUGUAACUACAAGCAGUGCUUGUAAGAACAAACGUGUUUGUAUUUUGUAAGAUGUAACAGUAGAGCUGUAACAUUUGAUCAAUAAAAUAUCAGUUUCAAUUAUU